AUGAAUGCUUUUAAAUGGGACUUUAAAAAGGGCAAAAAUACAACGAAUUCUACGAUAACCGGCGCAGACACGAAUAUCUUAUUGAUAUUGGGUUUAGAACCCGGAGACAGCAAUAAUUACACUUGCAUACCAACAAUGGAUGCUGCUGGAGGCACUAGAAAUGGCACUUCCUACAAGCAUUACGUUGUAGCUGUCAAAAGAGCCAUUUACGAGAUCCACGGUUUAGCGGUUUACAAUACCCUCGGCGGCGGUGGUUGUACGCACGAAAUAAUCGUUUCUGUGCAAAAUCAGUUGCCCAUUUCCAUACGUACCGAACUAUGUCCCGAGGGAUCGUCGCAGUACGCGUGCAACGUCAUCGUCGAAAAACCCAAGUGUACCGAAGAUAAAAGAACAAUGGAAAUAAAAUAUUUGGUAACAUUGAACGAUAAGGCCAAUUAUUUGGCUCGGAUCAGAACUAGCAAGAAGGGUCGAGUCGCUCUGCGCUACCAAAAACUAUUAGCGAGAAUAUCCAAAGUCUUAGCUUCAAACCUUAACAAAACGUUGACAGUUCAAAUAAUGUCCAAGUUGUCGUUGAUCGACACACAAUUUGAACCAGACUACAGCCAAAUGAAUAUAAAACAAAUUGUCUUCUGUGCGCCAGGUUUUGGUAUUCGGGAGGUGUUCUGCGCUGCUUGUCCGCCGCACCAUUACAGUCCGGAUAAAUCGAUUGAAUGUUUGAAAUGCCCCAAGGGUUUCCAUCAGCCGGUUGCAGGAUCGGAGAAGUGCGUCAAGUGUCGAAAUAUUUUUUCCAAUGGCUGUUAUAUGAAAGAAGUUUCACCAACAGUUUAUUGGUUUGUGGGUUUAUUAAUUAUAUCAAUAUGUUCAGUCCUCGUGAUUUCCUGUGCAUGCUGUUGCCGUGAAGAGAACGAAAAAAACAUAAAAAUAUUACCAAGGAAAAUAAGGAAAAAAUUUAAAAGAACUAAAAAGAACAGUAUGCCGUCUCCCCCCCAAACGGAGGAAACAUCAGGCAAUAGUAGUGUUAUAAGCAAAGGUUAUGGUAAAUUAAAAAACCAUUUAUUAAAGUUUAAAAAAAAAUCUAAACCUAAAAUAGUCGAUUCAAAAAUACCAUUCAAUAACGUACACGAAAAAUAUGGUCAACGGAUUCAGGAUGAUAACCUUACCGAAGAAAAUACGACUGAUUAA